CUGAUUAGCCGUGCUUCAUCCGCCCUGGAACAGAUGGUGCGGUUGGCUUACCAUCAGGCCUCGACAAACCCUUUUGAAAAGCAUCUUGUACAUGCUACACGAAGAGUCUCCAGAAGAUCUCCUCAGAUUCAGAAUUGCUCAGUAUACAAGAUGAAGGAAACAUGUAGCAGAAGUGUGACCUAUAGAAGCUUGAGAAUGACGGCUUUGGUGCUGGUCUUUGCACAAUUGCUACAUGCUUCGGCUCUUCCUGCUGCCUCGUCAUACGAGUUCACAGCUUACAGAAUGCAGCAGUACAGACUGAAACAGGAAAAACACGGUUGUCACGGUGCCAUGGUUGUUGCGGAGGCACGUUCACCAAACGAUUCGAGUUUGACUCGCCGCUGUGUGAUCAUGAAGCUGUCUGAUUUUACAUUAGAUCGCUUUCUACAGGCUAAAAGGCAGAACGCUGCAGCAGUGCUCAUACUGAUACCUCAGAACACCUCUAAUAUAUCUGAAGAUGUCAUCCAGAGUUUCAUGGUUACGGAGUCAGAGGCUUUGACAAUGGAGAUGCUCAUGCCUGUUUACGUGGUUCCUGAGGAUGAGCAGCUUCUAUACAUGUAUGAAGAAGUGAAGCACGCUGCAGCCACAAAGUCUGCCUUCGUCCUGAUAAGAGUACUCCGAAGUAUGGUCACAACCACUGCAUUUCAAAUAUUGGUGAACAACAAUUCCCCCAUCAAGGCCAUCACUGACAACUCUAUCAUUACAUUAGAGGGUGUGCUUCCUGGAGUUGGAGAAGACCCACCCACGAUUGUUAUCACCGCCCAUUAUGACUCGUUUGGUCUUUCUCCAUGGAUGUCAUAUGGUGCAGACUCGAAUGGCAGUGGUGUCACCAUAUUGCUAGAACUGGCUCGACUCUUUCAACAGCUUUACAGUGAUCCUCGCAACAAGGCCCCGUUUCACCUCCUUUUCUUUCUUACUGGUGGUGGGAAAUAUAAUUACAUCGGUACCAAACGCUGGCUGUCUGAAAACAUGGAUCAUGCAGAAUCCAGUCUACUGCAUGAUAACGUGGCCUUCGUUCUUUGUUUGGACUCUCUUGGUGCUGGUGACGAACUCUUCCUUCAUGUAUCUCGACCCCCAAAACCAGAGACGCCUCAGUUUAACUUCAUCCAGCAGCUAGAAGAUGUUAUCUCCUCCAGGUUUUCAUGGGUAAGGUUUGGAACCAUACACAAGAAGAUCAACCUGCAAGAGUCUACUCUAGCAUGGGAGCAUGAGUGCUAUGGAAUGAGACACAUCCCAGGGUUCACUCUGUCUCAUCUGCAAGACCCUAGAUCAGAGCGCCGGGGCUCCAUCCUUGACACCAUGUCUCAGGUGGACAUCAGAAAGCUGAAGCGGAAUGUAGUCAUCAUUGCUGAGGCCUUGGUGAGGUACAUGUAUAAUCUGUCAGACAAGGGAUCUCCAAAAGAAUUGCCAGUGUUCCGGGGACGUUUGGAAGUCCUGGACAGUCGUAUAACAUCUUUGAUGACCAUGUUGACUUCGGUGCCACGGGCCACUCAGCUGAUGGACACUGAGCCGCAGCAGACUCUUCUCAUCGACAGCCUGGAGCAGGAGUUCAGACGGCACCUUCAACAGGUCUACAGACACACUUUCCGUCAGGACCACAGGGAUCCUGACAUUACGUUCUUCGAUCAAAUGAAGCAGCCAAUGAUGAUGUACAGGGUGAAACCGGCUGCGUUUGAUCUCUUCCUGGGUGGCUGUAUUGCGGGUUAUUUAGGAUUAGUGUACUAUGCAAUCCAGAACUUUGGAAACGUCUAUGCAAGACUCAAAGCUGUCCUGAAGAACAAACUGCAGUGAGAUACAAUGGGACAUUGUGCGGAAGUCUUGGUACAUAAUGUACAUGAAUUUAUUUUAUUAACCAUAUGGAGUGAAAUGUUUUUUCUGGAAUAAUAUUGUCACUCGUUAAGUGCUGGAAGAUUUACUUGAAAUGAAAUGGAAAGGAGGUCUGAAAAAUGAUACACUUAAAGAGCUAAUUCAGACAUGGGCAAACUACGGCCCGCGGGCCAUAUACGGCCUGUUGGGCUUUUUAAUCCGGCCCGCCGAACUCGUCCACGUUAUAUUAUUAAAUUAAAUUUUAUUAUAAAGACACCACAAUCAUUUUACCUAGCUGUAAUUCCCAUCUUUCCCCAGCAGAUGGCGCACCUCGAAGACAUUGACCCUUGAGUGUGAUGCAUUACGGUUACUCUCUACUUCAUUUUGUCGCUUUGCACUUUCAGCCCUUCAGUAAAAAUGAGCGGACCGAAGAAAACAAAAGUAGACAGUGAGUGCCGAGUGUUCAAUAAAGAGGGGACAACAAAAUAUUUUUUCACUGAAGUCCGAUCAACAGCUGUAUGUCUGAUAUGCCAAGAAACUGUAGCAGUUUUUAAAGAAUACAACAUCAGCCGUCAUUUUGCCACAUAACAUGCUAACUACGCUAGUAAACAGUCUCCACAAGAACGGGCGGCUACAGCUCAGAGAUUGAUGGCUAAUUUACAGACUCAGCAAAACCUUUUUCACAAACUGCAAAGUUUUUUGCUGGCAUUCAAAUUAGCAAAGGCCAGUAAGCCUUUCUCCGAAGGCGAAUUUUUAAAACAAUGCAUGGUUGAGACAGCAGGUCUCUUGUGUCCGGAGAGCAAAGGCAAAUUUGAACAAAUCAGUCACAGAACUGUGACUCGCCGUGUGGAAUUGAUUGACGAAGAUAUAAGCCAGCAAAUUAAACAAAAACGCCAAGUUAACUGGCCAACACCUCGGAUCUAUCUUGAGAAUUGCCACAACAAAUAUAACGCCAGACAUUGAUGCACUUGCAAAAAAAAAGGAGACCAACAACACUGUUCCCACUGAAACUGAAUGGGAGUUUAUUACUACGUUAUUAAAUUAAUAAAUUUGUAAAACAAUUUUGACAAUAAACUAAGCACAAUGGUGUUUUGCUGCCUGUUAAAGGCCAAAUCUUUUCAUGUAAUGGUUUUUACAUUUAAUUUAUAUUAGUUCACACAAACACACCAAUCUCCUAUUCUGGCCCGGCCCCUCUGUCAAAUUUUAGAAACCAUUGUGGCUCGCGAGUCAAAAAGUUUGCCCACCCCU